AUGGUAUGGCUAGGUUGGUACAUAAGGUUAAUGCCAGUUUGCGAGAGAAAGAUGUUAGUUAGUGCUUGUGUUAUCAAGGUAGUCUAUUACAACGUUAAUCUUUUUACUAUUUACACGGCUCUUUCCGUCAAUUGGAAAGCGAACUUCUUAUUCUUACCACCGAUUAUCUUCAAGAUAGCCAUUGACUCGCAUCCGACAUACCUCAUCUUCUGUAAUCAUAGCCUGAUUGAAAUGUACAAUUGGGAAAGGUCUGUGCUUCAAAGCAGCGCAUUCAAAAGUCCCACUGACAUGUCAACACAGAUAUUUGACUUUUUAUCCGACGCCUGUACGACACACCCAAACGAAACCACUAAGGAAACAUUAAUCUCUACCUACAGGCAAUUCCUUUCGUUAUGCCCGUUAGACAGGAAGGUUCCAACAGAUUGGGUGAUAGAGCACAACUUUAAGCCUAUCAACCUAAAGACCUUGAAGCUGAACACUAAGUACAAUCCGGCACAGCAUAUCUACCGCACGCCAACUAAGGAGUGGGAGGAUAAAAAUGCAUCAAAAGACAAAAUUUCUGAAUUCAUUUUCCACCUUAACAGCACCUGGAAACACAUCACUCCAGAUGCUGCGGAAAUUCCAAGGCUUACGGCUAAUAAUAGAGUAUCUUACUGGAAUAACUAUGAUCUUCUUGGUUUCAUUCUAUCGCUUUUGAAAACUGAUUUGGGGGGUGCUAAGAAAGACAAUUUCUUCCUUCCGCUAACAGCAGUCUAUGGUCGAUGGUGUGCUAAGAUUAGAGGUGACAGGAAGACACCAGACGCUCCAAAGCCCCCAAAAGAUCCAGCCUUCACUGCAAUGGUAGACGAGCAAAUCGGUGUUGGUCUUGUGCCUACCGUUUUCCAAUGCACGUGGGUUGAAGAUAAUGGCGUUGCCUACUUCGCUUUAGGAUCCUGUAUCGCGGGACAUAAUGUUAAUUGGAGUAAUAAGUCGGAGGUAGGGGUAUGGAAGGAAACACUCCAAAAAGCUCCAUUUGACCUUCUAUGCAACUGGAAUAAGAACCACACGAAACGGAUAGACGACAUAGAUUGGGAUUUUAAGAAGUCGCCGACCCUGAACAAAAACAAAUGGACAGGAAUGCAUUUUGGGAAUUGCGGAGAAACAUAUCCCUUUCUACAUAUACUAUGGAGAUUGAGAUCGUUCAAGAUAGUGUCGCCCGUGCGAAAUGGGGCAUGGCACAAGAGUACAAACAAGUGCCAACGGAUCUUUGGGCCAAGUAUGAUGAGAGUCAAGAUCCAACCAAGAGCAGUCAGGGUAGCAAGAUAUGAUUUGCUCCACAAUAAUCCUGGUAGCUUAAAGCUUAUGAUGGGAGUCCUCAUACAAGGCCCACCAACUAUUAUGUCUGAGGGUAUUCUCACGGCCUUCAACAACCUUGCGCAAGGUGAGAGAGUCCUCAAAGCAAAGAAACCGUUUUCAGAGAUGGAAUCACCCGAGGCGGCCUGGGCCCCCAGCAAGCCCAAGGAUAGACCCGACCAGUGGAAGGAUGUGCAUAACAAGUGGUCUUCACCAGAGUGGAACGACGACGGUGAUGGAGGCAGUGACGUCCAGCAGACUUUUGUCGAUUCUUGGUUUGAGAUCUUGUAG